CUUGGAAAUGUCUCAUUCCCUGGAGGAUCUUUGGGUGCAGCCAUCCCCAUCAUCUUCCCAUACAGAUUUAUUGUUCUGCCGCAACCACCUUUCUGCCAAGAUGAGAAUCAAUCGGCUGUCUCUGAGUAGGCGUCACAGCCUGAGUGGCCUGACUCAGGUGAAAUGUAAAAGCACAAAGCUGUGGCAAGGUUCCGAGGAAGAGCUAGCAAGAAGUGAGAGAUACUAUAGGAUGUUGGAUGAUACUCCUCCACCUCUUCAGGGGGAGAAGCCUCCAAUUUAUUACAAUCUGGAGGAGAUGAAGCAGUUACCAACAACACCUCCUACUCCACGCAGCCCACCAUUACAGAUGCUGGAAACCUGGGAACGUCACAUAGACUCCAGCUCCCUGCGUAAUUACUACUAUAAGCCUGCAACAGGUGAAAAGUCAUGGAAGCCACCCAGGAGGAGCCAAGAGAUGAGCUUGGUGCAGAUAGAGGGAAAUGAUCUCUCAGCUCCAGCAGAUCCUACUCAAGCAGCCAACCUGGACCAAACAGAAGACAGGGUGAGCGCGGAGCAGCCUGGGGCUCAAAGUCUCCACAAAAAGCUGGGAUAUACCAGAUCCUUGAUGUUGCCAGAGACAUUGCCUCACAAGAAAAUGCUGGGCGUCAUCGUGGCUGGUAUUAGCUGGGAACAGCCUCAUGUUCUACAAGGACCCCAAGGUUUCUGCUGCAUGGCCUCCAUCGGGUAGCCGGCCUGAAAGCAGUGUGGAUUUGCGUGGGGCUCGUAUUGAGUGGGCUCGGGAUUUGUCCAGCAAGCGGAAUGUCUUCCAUUUUCGCACUGUGACUGGCAAUGAGUAUCUCUUGCAAUCAGAUAAUGAAGCUGUCAGCCAGGACUGGUACCAGGCAAUCAAAGGGGUCAUCCACAGACUAGAUCAAGAGAACCCUCUGGAUGAGCCGCUUUUGUACCCACUCUAUCGGUCAAACAGUGCUGAGCUUGUGGAUUUGAGCUGGGAUGAUGAAGACGAACUUGGGGUCUCCAAGGGUGAAGUGCAAGCAGCCCCAGGGAGUCCUGGCCGAGUCUACAAGAAAAGGGUCAAAAGCAAGCUGAGACGCUUCAUCGCCAAGAGGCCCCCCCUGCGAAGUUUGCAGGAGAAAGGACUGAUACGAGAUCAAGUCUUUGGCUGUCGGCUAGAGGCCCUGUGCCAGCGAGAAGGGGGCACAGUACCCCGGUUUGUCCAACAAUGUGUGGAAGCUGUGGAACAGAGAGGGCUGGAUGCAGAUGGGAUCUAUAGGGUCAAUGGGAACUUGGCCGUUAUUCAGAAGCUGAGAUUCAUAGUUGACCGUGAACGGGCAGUGACAUCCGAUGGACGCUAUGUCUUCCCAGAGCAACGUUGCCAAGGGUGAUGGAUCAUUCAGAUGUCAACAGGAUGACAACUCAGAACAUUGGCAUUGUUUUUGGGCCAACGCUGUUGCGACAUGAGCGAGAUGUAGCCAGCCUCAUAGAGGACAUGGUGUACCAGAAUCAGGUGGUAGAGUUGCUUCUUACCGAAUUUGCUAGCAUCUUCGGGACAGGUGCUGAAUGACUUUGUUGAUACUUUUUUUUUUGAAUAUGGAUUGCUUUAUUCUCAAAACAUAUGGGAUCACAAUCUGUUUCUGAAGCAAGCAUUGAUGCUGUGAAACUCUCUCCACCAAUCACAGCAGCGUAGGUUACCAUCAUCUUUGGAAAAGAUAUUAGGAAAGAUGGAUCUCUGCAUCUACUUCUUCGAGAUUGUUUUUUUUUUUAGUUGAUCAAUUUUUUUAGCUAAUAUACCUUAGCAAAAAGAUGUCAUAUUCAUACCCAAUAAACAACUGGUGAGAUUCUGAAAGAGAAAUUAUAUGACUGAAAGCACUUUGGCUUUAAACAAUGAAGACCUGUUCAGAUGCAGAUUUCAAUCCAAACAAAUAUAUAAAAUGGAACCUUUAUUCCAUUAAUUGGGCAUUCUGUGCUGGAGGAGAAAGACUUUCAUUAGAUAAGCUGCCAGCCAGCCUAAUCCCCUAGGUCAGAGGUCAGCAACCUUAAACACUCAAAGAGCCACAAAGGUCCUAACCAAAAGCCCCCCAUUCAAUUCUAGAGCUGACCGGAAGUCUGGUUUUCCCCACCAUAGUGUUCUCCUAACACGGCAUACUUUUUCCUCUACCUGAC